UGUUCACGAAAGAAAUAUACCGUUUAAUUUUUUGUAUAAUGUAGCUAGUCUUCCAUAUUAUGGAGUUGAGCGGGGCCCACCAAUCGCCGUAAAACAGAGAGGCUUACCUAUUUCCUUCUACAAAACUUAAAAACGGCUUAGGGCGCAGCCACUUUGAAGCCAGCAGUCCAGCUCUUCAUUGCCGUUCUGCGUUCUGCCUCAGCGUGGUCGCCGUUUUCAUUCAACACUUUGGAGCCAUCGCAGUAACUGCAUAGAUUGAAUUUGAACUGAAGGAAGAAAGCAAAAAUUAGCCGAUUUAGGAAGUCGGUUCGGGAGAGAUUCAAUAAUUUCCCCAAUUCGAGUGCCCAUAAAUUGAGAAGUACAGGUUCUGAUCAGACAAAAAUGACGACAAUUCGCCGUUUCUGUUGCAACGAUCUUCUCCGCUUCGCUUCUGUAAAUCUUGACCAUCUCACUGAAACCUUCAACAUGUCAUUCUAUAUGACCUAUUUGGCGAGAUGGCCAGACUAUUUCCAUGUCGCUGAAGGCCCCGGAAACAAAAUCAUGGGCUACAUUAUGGGUAAAGUAGAAGGACAAGGUGAGUCCUGGCAUGGACAUGUAACUGCAGUUACAGUGGCUACAGAAUAUCGCAGGCAGCAAUUAGCUAAAAAGCUAAUGAACAUCCUAGAAGACAUAAGUGACCAAAUUGAUAAAGCAUACUUUGUGGAUCUUUUUGUUAGAGCAUCAAAUACACCUGCUAUAAAGAUGUAUGACAAGCUUGGGUAUGUAAUCUAUAGACGAGUGCUACGCUAUUACUCAGGGGAGGAAGACGGGUUAGAUAUGAGGAAAGCUUUAUCAAGGGAUGUUGAGAAGAAGUCCAUCAUUCCACUCAAACGGCCAGUUACCCCUGAUGAAUUGGAAUAUGAUUAGACCUCCUUGACAAGUGAAGGUUAAGAUGAUGCUGAUAAUUGUAGUUCUUGAGAUGAAAGAAUAAGCUUUUAUAUCACCUGUUUAACUUGUGUCAAAAGAGAUCUAAACUCUGUGACUUUGAUUGUGAUGAUUUGAUUUGUUUGGCAUGAGAACAUUGAAGAUGA